GUAUAACCGAUUAUCACAUCAGUUCGUUAGUUUGGUUCGUGUCAGAAGGAUAACAUGUUCAAGUUUUUAUCGGUAGUUUUUUUAGUAUACGUAUGGGAGACUUCAGGUACAAAAUUCGAACCAAACUGGGAAAGCCUGGAUACAAGGCCUCUACCAGCAUGGUACGACGAAGCCAAACUAGGAAUUUUCAUACACUGGGGUGUAUUUUCCGUUCCUAGUUUCGGAUCAGAAUGGUUUUGGAAUGAUUGGAAAGAUAAAGAUGAAAAGUAUGUAAACUUCAUGAAGAAAAAUUAUGCACCAUCUUUCACAUACCAAGAAUUUGCCAAGGACUUCAAAGCUGAGUUUUUCAACGCCACUGAGUGGGCAGAGCUGUUUGCCAAAUCUGGAGCUAGAUAUAUUGUCCUCACCAGCAAACAUCACGAAGGAUAUACAUUAUGGCCAUCUAAAUAUGCAUACAGUUGGAAUGCAAAAGAUAUUGGACCAGGAAGAGAUCUUGUUGGUGAACUGGGGAAAGCGGUGAGGAAACAUAACCUCACAUACGGCCUCUACCACUCCCUCUACGAGUGGUUCAAUCCAAUGUACCUUUCCGACAAAGCGUCCAACUUCACCAAGAGAGAAUUUGUGACGAAAAAAAUAAUUCCGGAAAUGCAGGAACUCAUCAGGACUUACAGACCAGCAGUUUUAUGGUCAGAUGGAGAUUGGGAAGCCUACGAUACAUAUUGGAACUCCACCGGUUUUCUGGCGUGGUUAUACAAUGAAAGCCCAGUGAAAGACUAUGUGGUGGUUAAUGACAGGUGGGGAAUUGACAUUCCUUGCAAACAUGGGGAUUUUUAUAGUUGUGCAGACAGGUAUAAUCCAGGUUAG